CGGCUCAGACAGGAUGGUUUAUGGUCUGGUUUCUCCUGAUUAUGAUAUGACUGAAGUCGUUGCUAAUAAUUUGACCUCUGAUGGUCUAAAAAGAAAAUUUAUGUGUAGUGAUCUCUCAUGUAAACUUAAACUUCUUGGCGUUCAUGUUGCUAGUUUUGGUGAUUAUUUUGCUGGUGAUGAAGUGGCAAUGUCUUUAGUUUACAAGGAUCCGUUUGGUUCAAUUAAUAAAAGUAUUUGUUUUCAAAAAGAUGGUAAACAUCUUAUGGGUGGAAUAAUGGUCGGUGAUACUAAUGAUUAUGCAAAACUUCAUGCCUUAUACAUAGGGAUGUUACAAUGUUACGGUCCGUCCUGGUCUGGUCUCGGUUCAAAAGACCGG